AUGGGGAUGAGGCUGGAGUAUAUUCCACCAAGUCAUAGAGAUGGUAAGAUUGUCAUUCAAAUAGAGGAAGAGGAUGUAAGUGAGCUAAAGGAACACUGGGCGACUGCUUUAAUUGGGUAUGUACUUGGGGAUACUCCGUAUGAGAAAUCUAUGGAGAGCUAUGUUGAAUCAGUCUGGGAUUUUGUCACUAGACCUCAAAUCCUGUAUCACCAAGAAGGAUAUUAUGUGUUUCGAUUCACAACUGUGAAGGAAAGAGAUGCAGUCAUGCAAGCAGGGCCUUACUCAUAUCAUAACAAGCCAUUUAUUUUCCAGAAUUGGGAGAGGGAUUUCCACUUUGAUCCUAAGUGUAUCACUACUAUUCCCUUGUGGAUUCACUUACCUAGUCUGUCAGCUGGGUAUUGGACUGCUGAUGCAUUUAGCAAGGGGGCUAGUGCUGUAGGUUUACCAUUGUACACUAAUAAAUUUACAGUAGAAUUGAACAAAAUCUCCUAUGCCAGAGUACUUGUGAAAGUUGACAUUACAAAGCCACUAGUGGAGACUAUUGAGAUUGCAACUCCCAUUGGUACUAGACAACAGGAAAUAGUCUUUGAAUGCUGGAAUUCAACUAAACAGAAUGAAGAUGCUAAAUUCAAGGCCCCAAAAAGAAGGAAUAGAGGCAGAGGAAGGAAAGUUAUUCAGGAAUGGAAGCCAAAAGCACAGCAGGAACAAGAGGAGGGGAUUGGAGAAGAGAAUGAAGUACAACCUCCAAUUGACAAAGACAGGCAGGUCUCAGUAGAUAAGCCAGACCAAAGGAGCAUGAUGAUACAAAGGAGGGAAAACAAUGAAAGACAAAAUACUGCAGGUGUUCAGCAGGUGAUAAAUGAUGAGGCUAGCACUUCCAAUAGAUUUGCAAUAUUGGAAGAAUGUGGUGUACAAGGAGGGGUGAAUAACUCUGAUCCUAUACAAAAACCACCAUGA